AUCAUUUUCCCUAUAACCUAGCCUCCCUGGAGGCCCCCUAAACUCAAAAUUGUAAUUACUUAAUAAAAAGCAUUUAAGCACAAUGGCCAUUGCAAAGAGUGCUUCUAUUGCAAUUAUCUUCUUUGCAUUGGCCCAUUAUGCAGAUGCCGCUGUAAGAGCAAGGACAACCGUUGGUCACGAUGUUUUUGGAGAUAAUAAUCAUGCUAAAGAUGUCCUCCUUCCCGGGGAGAAAAUAGUUAAUGUCCAGAGUUUCGGGGCCAAAGGCGAUGGUGUGUUUGAUUGCACUCAGGCUUUCAUGUCGGCAUGGCAAGCAGUGUGCCAUACUCAAGGGCAAAACCGACUUUAUAUUCCCGCUGGUACAUUUUUGGUUUCUUCAAUGUUUUUUUCAGGACCAUGUCUGGCCCCAAAUCCAAUCACAAUUCAAGUGGUGGGGACAGUUUUGGCAACUACUGAUAUUUCUGAGUAUGAAAAUGGAGAAUGGCUCAUGUUUCAACAUAUCAAUGGCCUAAAAAUCAUUGGUGGAGGUGUUUUUGAUGGACAAGGUCAAAAAGCAUGGCAAUACACUGAGAAUUGUGAAAAAUCCAAUUCAGGAUGUGCGAGAAAUCCCAGCAGUUUGUUUUUCAUGGACGUGCAAAAUGCAAUUAUAGCGAACAUUAAAACAUUGAAUCCCAAAGGCUUUCACAUUUUCGUCACCAAAUGUUCAAACAUUAGGUUGCGUAAACUUAAGCUCAUUGCACCUGAAACCAGCCCUAACACCGACGGCAUUCAUAUGAGUAACUCCAUCAAUGUGAUUAUUGCUAGAAACACCAUUUCAACUGGUGAUGAUUGUAUCUCUAUGAUUCAAGGUUCCGAAAAUAUUUUCAUCAACAGACUCAAGUGUGGACCUGGACACGGUAUCAGUAUCGGUAGUCUUGGAAAGUAUCCAGAUGAGAGAGAGGUGAAAGGUAUUCGUAUUAAGAACAGUGCGUUGAUCGGUACAACCAAUGGUUUGAGAUUAAAAACAUGGCCCGAGAGAUAUGGAGGCGGAGCAUCAGAGAUAAGUUUCAGUAACAUUAACAUGACCAAUGUUCAAAAUCCCAUCAUCAUCGAUCAGGAGUAUGAAUGUCAUCCAAACUGCCAAAAAAAGCCAUCAUUGGUGAGGAUAGCAGAUAUUCAUUUUGCAAAUGUGAGGGGAACUACUGCUUCACCAAUUGCAGUGGAUUUGAGAUGCAGCAAGCAGUUUCCAUGCAUGGGUGUUACGAUUCGCGACAUUGACCUAAAGUUUGGAGCUGCUCCUUCAACUGCUAGAUGUGUCAAUGUUAAGCCUGUCUAUGGUGGUUUGUUGAACCCACCAGCAUGCCCUUAAAUUUGUUGCUUUUAUCAGUGAUUGCCAAUUAUUUAUGGAGGGAAAUGAUGAUGACAGCUUUUAUUUAUAAGCUAGGAGUGUCAUAGCAGAUUAUGCAUUUUGUAAUAUGUGUAAGCUGUAUAAUGAAAAAAAUGGGGAAAUGAUUCUUUAUUUU